UGGAGUUUAGGGAGGAUAAACUUCCGCAAUGUGUUCGAGAAAUGUAUAGAAAUUCUCAAAGUUUUUCUUCGCAGUAAAUCCAUACAUUUCUCGAUACAUUGACUCAUCAACGCGGGACCAUUUCAUGUCGCCCGAUGAUCCAGUCACAUAUUUCAGCCGUCUUUUAAUUCGGAGCGGAGCUUUGUCCAGAAGCAUCUUCCCCGAACACACUUCUCUACAAAACUCAUACCACUGGAUUGCGGUUUUGUUAUCUACUCCAGUGUAUAAAGCCGCAGUAGAUAUCGGCGCCUCGAAAACGAAAUUGAAGACAAUAUGGAAUAUUUGUUGUAAGGACAACUUUGACUUUUCCAUAAAAGUCUUUGUCCUUAUUGAAAUGUUUUUCUUGCAGUUUUUGCACCGCCACACAAAUCCAUCCAGCGAUCUGGCCGACUUCUUCAAAGUGAUAUCGUGUGUGCAAACACACGUUUUACUUGUGGCAAUAGUACCGUUGCCUUUCAAGAAUUCCAAUAUAUUUUCUGGAGCAAGCUGCUUGAAUAAUUCUUCAAUUGUUUGGAAAAUGGACUGCAAGGAAUCCAUUCUGGUUAAGAAGACAUCAACCAAGAAUCCGACUCCUUCACAAGAACUACAGAACAACUCACCUGCAAAAAACCAAAGUUUAGAUGAUGCAGCAAACAUGAACCAGUCACUUCCAGAAGAUGCAAAAGAGAAAAGUAUUACAGAAUCACAGUCAAAUUAUUUUGACAGUUAUAUGAAUGUCUCCGUCCAUGAGCUGAUGAUUAAAGAUAGACCAAGAACACUGGCUUAUAAGCAAUUCAUUGAGAACAACAGACAUUUAUUUCAAGAAAAGAUUGUUCUGGAUGUUGGGGCUGGAACAGGUAUUCUUUCUUGUUUUGCAGCUCAAGCUGGGGCAAAGAAAGUGUAUGCUGUUGAAGCAAGUGACAUUGCAGAGAUCUGUGAAGAUAUUGUCUAUCAGAAUCAUUUUGAAAAUCAGAUAACUGUUAUUCAUAAACCUAUUGAAGAAGCUGAACUUGACUGUAGUUGUGUGGAUGUCAUUUUAUCUGAAUGGAUGGGAUUUUAUUUACUUCAUGAAUCCAUGUUAGACUCGGUACUCUAUGCACGUGAUAAAUGGCUCUCACCAAAUGGUAUUUUACUGCCUUCAAGGGCAAGUUUACAUUUAUCUCCUGUUUCUAUGAAAGAAUAUCACAAUGAACAUUUUUCUUUCUGGAAGAAUGUUUACGGACUUGAUUUCUCACCAAUGAUUCCAUUGUCUCUCAAGAAAUACUUCAGUGAUCCUGUUAUUGAAGUUCUAAAACCAGACCAAUUAAUGUCUCCAGCUCUUCCAGUUUUUGAUAUUGAUUUAAAGACAGUUACAUUAACCGAAAUACAAUCAAUUAGCAAAACAUUUACGUUUAGUCUUCAGAAAACUGGAAGUGUUCAUGGUUUUGCGUGUUGGUUUGAUGUAAUUUUUGAAGAUAAAAUCAACAAAGAAUUUUCUAAAAAUUUAACUCUAUCAACUUCACCUUUUGCAGAAGCAACUCAUUGGAAGCAAACUGUGUUCUUUUUACCAACGCCAUUGCUAGUUGAUUGUGAUGAUGAGAUUCCUUGUACUCUGACUCUGUCUCAGGAUAGUGGAAAUAAAAGACAUUAUAACAUAUGUAUUGAGGUGCCUGACGAUGCUAUUGAAAAUGAAGCUGCAACAGACGAUAGUAUAAAUGUUACAGGGGAUGAUAUUGAUACACCUGAACAGCACAGUAUUCCGUGUAACUGCAGUGCACCUAGAUGUCAGCUAAUUAAAACUAUUGUAGAGAAAUAUGAUGAUGAGCAAACUGAACUGCAGAAUGACAAUGUGAUUACUGUUACAUCAGAAGAAAUGGAUGAUGAAAGUGAGCAAGAUAUUUCAGAUUCCACUUCUUGAGUUGUCUACUAAAUCACUGAAAACAGACCGAAAUAAUAAACACUGUUAGUUGCGAGUAAAUUAUUUUGUAUGUUCAUUACGCAGCAGAUUUCUUACUACUUCUAUUAAACUAUCUUCAUCUUUAUCCUCAACAACAUUAUUUUAAGAGAUCAGUUAAGCAAAGUGACUCUAUUAGACCUGCAGUCAUUCUCAACUAUUUCAUGUUCUCCUGUUACAAACUUUUACAGGAAUAUAUCUCGUAUUUUUCUAUCAAGUUGCCUAUUGUCUUACAGCACUCUAUAAAAACAGGUGCAUAUACCAAAGUUAAUAUAUAAACAUGUAUACACUUGUAUACAUAUCUGUACAUACAAAGUGUAUGAAACUAUAUAUAUAUAUAUAUAUAUAUAUAUAUAUAUAUAUAUAUAUACACAAGAAGCAAUGGAUUUAAUUCCAUGGCAAAUCAUUUGUUCAGAAAUUACAGAAUUGUUGAUUGUUUUGUUUUUCCUCUCCCUUCUCUUCUUAUGAAAUGUCUGAAAUGGUAGAACGGUUAGAUAGUUAUUCUGUCUGCCUACCCUUUUCUUAAAUCCCUACCUGCAGUUAUAGAAGAGUCUUUUGUUGUUCUUUUGUUCCUCCUCCUCCUCCUCUCACCCCCUCCCAAUGUUUACAUUCAAUUUUCUCUUUCUGCCCCUUGGUGCUAUAUUAUUAGAUCGGAAAGUCGUUAAUUAUAGAAAUACAGUUUCAUCUCUCAAGCUAUAUACCACUUAGAUUCUAAUUCUGUUUUAUCUGUUUGGAUGUAAUCCUCAAAAUAUUCUAAACAAUGCAUUAUAGUGCAACAAUUUUUUUGCAACAAUGUACCAAAAAAGUAAUUAACUAUUUAAUUGAACUGAGAAAAGAAAACAAACCAAUUAGUUUGUGUACAUGUACUGCUGCAAGAAUAUGCAUGUAUAAGUGUUAUGAUGUGGGUAUACACAACUGGUGCAAAAUGGUAUUACAUAAAUAAAUAGUUGGUUAUGGUUAUCUAAAAAUACAUAUCACAGAAAUACAUGUUAAUACAGAACGCACUCCGUACUACUCGAACGUAGGUACGAUACUCAGUAUUUCACUGUUCAACUACCGACUGUUAAACCAGCACGGUUGAACUGUCAGCUACGCCCGUUGACAGUUCACUCAGUUCUUAUUUAUUAUAAUCGGUUAGUCCACCGUCAGUCACGUGGGGGUGUUCAGGAUUCUCCCACAACAAUAAGUGCAUAUGUACAUGUGUGUGUGUGUGUGUGUGUGUAUAAAAACCUUCUAGAAUAGGAAAUAACAGAAAUGUGUUUCAGCUGUGAUUAUCCAGGGUCUUUUUUUUUUUUUUUUACCAGACACAGUGUAUAUAUAGGGCUACAUUGGGUUUCAUAUGCAGAUUCCAUGAUAGAGUAAAUAUAUUGUUUGUCUUUUAGUAUACCUGUUAACAUCCUGUAUAUUUUUGUACAUGUGUUUUUAUACAGGGUGGGUAAAAAGUAAGUAGGCAUUAAAAAUUGGUAAUAAAAUGCAUAUUCCUUUUAUGAAUUUAUUGAAACAAAUGAUACGUGUUCUUUAUUACAUGGGAAAAUGAAAGUAAGUCUUCAUAUUUCUACAUAAGCACUGGUGGCAUCAACCAGUUUCUUCAAAGAGCCAGGAAUGGAAUAAACAACCUCCUGGAGGACGUCACCUGGAAUAUCAUUGAGAACCUCCUGAAUCAGUGUCUCCAAGUCCUCUGGUGUGCGAGGUUUUGUUUUGUACACCUCCUCUUUUGUGUAACCCCACAGGUAAAAAUCACAUGGAGUGAGAUCUGGACAUCUUGGAGUUCUGGACUACUGCAGUCACAGUCUUCAAGUUUUAGCUCCUGCACCUAAUGGGGUUUCCACAGACGAAAAUUUAAUUCUUUAUGCAACACCGUACAUAUUGUGUCUUGUUAGUCCACUUUCAUGAGUGGCUUGGCGUGUUGAUUUUUGCGGUCUGCUAUUAAACAUUUCCUGCACUGCUGCCACAUCAUCCGCUGAUCGGAAUGUGGUUGGAUGACCACUUCUUGCAUCAUUCACAGAACCCAUGGUCAUCAUCUUUGCAUGACAACGUUUUAUUGUCUACAGACGUAGUGCUGCAUGCUUACCAUUCCAUGCACACCACCGUCUCUGAACCAAAACAAUGGAAUUCCACACUUCAGUGCUAUCUUAGCUCAGUCCUGAACAGUCAAGCAACCGGCCAUCUGGAAAAUAAGAAAUCCCCAUUAGUAUUGUUUGUUUAAAAAAUGUUUUCAUCAUGACUUCAGUGAUACUAAAAAUUCUAUAAGCAAUUUCUAAUGCCUAGUUACUUUCCACCCACCCUGUAUAUAUAUAUAUGUGUGUG